AUGUCUUCUAUUAAACUAUCCUUUUCUUUUAUGAGAUUUGUUCUUUGCUCUUUUUUCCGCCAUAAAUUUUCCUUUGCUUUUAUUUAUUCUCCCUCUUUGAUUUUUAUUCCCUCACUUACUAGAUUGCCUUCUUGCCAAUUCUUUUUCUCAUUCUCAUUAUUUAUUCAUUUCUUUCUUUUUUUGCUCUUCUUUCUGUUAUUCUAUGUUUCUUUGUUUGGUCCUUUUUUCUUCUCUUUAGCAUUCCCUCUCUCUUUCUCAGUGCAUUGCCCUCUCUCUCUCUUUCUCAGUGCAUUGCCCUCUCUCUCUCUUUCUCAGUGCAUUGCCCUCUCUCUCUCUUUCUCAGUGCAUUGCCCUCUCUCUCUCUUUCUCAGUGCAUUGCCCUCUCUCUCUUUUCUCAGUGCAUUGCCCUCUCUCUCUCUUUUCUCAGUGCAUUGCCCUCUCUCUCUUUCUCAGUGCAUUGCCCUCUCUCUCUCUUUCUCAGUGCAUUGCCCUCUCUCUCUCUUUCUCAGUGCAUUGCCCUCUCUCUCUCUUUCUCAGUGCAUUGCCCUCUCUCUCUCUUUCUCAGUGCAUUGCCCUCUCUCUCUCUUUCUCAGUGCAUUGCCCUCUCUCUCUUUCUCAGUGCAUUGCCCUCUCUCUCUCUUUUCUCAGUGCAUUGCCCUCUCUCUCUCUUUUCUCAGUGCAUUGCCCUCUCUCUCUUUUCUCAGUGCAUUGCCCUCUCUCUCUCUUUCUCAGUGCAUUGCCCUCUCUCUCUUUUCUCAGUGCAUUGCCCUCUCUCUCUUCUUUCUCUCUUUUCUCAGUGCAUUGCCCCUCUCUCUCUCUCUCAGUGCAUUGCCCCCUCUCUCUCUCUCUCUCUCAGUGCAUUGCCCCCUCUCUCUCUCUCUGUACCCCCCCCUCGCAGCUCUUGGUGUAUUUUCAUCCCUCUUUUACACUGUCAUUGCCUUUUGCCUCCUCCCACUUCUAUUUACCUCUUGCUUUUCCUUCCUUUCUCUUUUGGACCUUCUUCUUUUGUCAAACUCUUUCCUUCUGUUUCUUUUCCUCAGUCUUUCCUUCUGUUUCUUUUCCUCAAUCUUUCCUUCUGUUUCUUUCCUUUUUCACCAUGUUUGCUUAUAUUAUUUUCCCAUUUCUUUUCCUUGCUUUUUCUUUUCAGUCACCAUUUUGCAACAUUCUCAUUUUAUUAAUCAUUCUUUUUUUCUGCUCACUUCUGUUUUUUUUCUUUCUACUUUCCAUUAUCCUUUUUCUUUUUCUCUGCUUUCUUAUCUAUUUUCUUAUCUAUUUUCUUAUCUUUUAAACAUUUUUAUGCUUCUUUUGCUCAUAUUCAAUUGUUUGUUCUUUCAUUUUAAUUUCUCAUUCUCCUUUCUUUCUUCAUUAUUGCAUUCUGCUUAG